CGCCGCCGCCGCCGCUGCCGCUGCUGGGGCUUCGCAGCUGGCUGGGAGCGAGUGAGCGAGCGAGAGGAGAGUUGGCGAGAGGAGCCAGGGGGUGUGGGUGUAGAAGAGCGACCAGGCACCGGCGGAGGCUGCAGGGGCAAGCGGAGCCCGAGCCCGAGCCCUAGGGUCGGCUGUCGGGCACUGUCUGCCUUCUACCUUGUUGAAAGAGCCCUCCGCGUCCGGCCGGAUCCGUGAGGGUUUCAGUUCCUCGGGGCGAGCUUGGCGAUCAAACUGGGAUCUAUGAGUGGCAAGGUGAUGAAACCCAAGGAAGAGAAAGAUGCUUCUAAGGCGCUGGAUGACGCUACCCCUGGCACACAGGAAUACAUUAUGUUACGACAAGAUUCCAUCCAAUCCGCGGAAUUAAAGAAAAAAGAGUCCCCCUUUCGUGCUAAGUGUCACGAAAUCUUCUGCUGCCCACUGAAGCAAGUGCACCUCAAAGAGAACACAGAGCCGGAAGAGCCCCAACUUAAGGGUAUAGUUACAAAGCUAUACAGCAGACAAGGAUACCACCUGCAGCUGCAGGCAGAUGGAACAGUUGAUGGGACAAAAGAGGAAGACAGUACCUACACACUGUUUAACCUCAUACCUGUGGGGUUACGAGUGGUGGCCAUUCAAGGAGUUCAAACAAAAUUAUACCUGGCAAUGAACAGCGAGGGAUACCUGUACCCAUCGGAACAUUUCACCCCUGAAUGCAAGUUCAAAGAAUCGGUGUUUGAAAAUUAUUAUGUGACCUAUUCGUCAAUGAUAUACAGACAGCAGCAGUCGGGCAGAGGAUGGUAUUUGGGGCUUAACAAAGAAGGAGAAAUAAUGAAAGGAAACCAUGUGAAGAAAAACAAGCCGGCAGCACACUUCCUUCCCAAACCACUGAAAGUGGCUAUGUACAAAGAACCAUCCCUUCAUGAUCUCACCGAAUUCUCCCGAUCUGGAAGUGGCACACCCACCAAAAGCCGAAGUGUCUCUGGAGUGUUAAAUGGAGGUGGCAAAUCCAUGAGUCCUAAUGAAUCAACGUAGCCAGGUUAAGGCAAGUCCAAGUGCUCUAUACUGGAACCUUACCUCCGGAUGCAGUUGAAUUCUUAAUGGCGGUCUUUCAUCCAAAUGGCCAAUUUUAGAAUAAAAACCACCAAAUAUGCAUAGGUUUCCCCCCUCCCCUUCCCUUUUAUCAGUUACUAUAUCCACUGGAUAGCAGUGGAUAUACCUUAGUAAUAGAGAAUAUGAUGUGCUCAUGCAUAUCACAAGGCCCAGAUUAGCCAACAAAACCCAAUCUUUGGGUAAAAAAAAAUUGGACAGUCAGUAUCCAAAUCCCCUUUUCCCAUAGCCUCUGGUCCCAUCCCCCCCCCAGGGGGUUGCCUAUGCUUGGUGGAAACCAAACCAAACCAAACAACACUUAACAGCACACACUGCUGAUAUGAAUUUGCUUUGUAACCAAGGGGGAAAAAACGACCACUUUCAUUCUUCAAGGGGAAUCUCAAAACUUUCCACUUUUAUUGGGUCAAACCAAUCAAUCCAACCAUUAAUCAGUUAUCUUGUCUUUUUUCUUUGCUUACUGUUUUAUAUCUAAGCUUGAUAAAACUCUUUCUUUAAUUUAGAAUAGCGCAACCUUUUUUUUUAAUUUCCCAAUUCAAAUGGUUCUCUCGCUCUGCGUCUUUCAAAUCAAACUCUACUUCAGGGUUGGAACUGAGUCGGCAUCUCAGGCUUAAGUUUUCUGUGGUGAUUUUGACACAUGAUGAUCAAUACAUUUUUAUAGGUUUGUUUAGCCCCCUGGUCAAGUUUUUGUGUUGACCCUCAUGUGUAGAAAUCUUGUCACCCCCUGGUCAGUGGAAGAUAACAUUAAGGUUAACAGCAAUCCGCCAGUGUAGACAUAUGUAAACAUGUGCAAAAGUAUUAUUGUGGCUUCUAUUCUAAAGACAGGAACUGUGGAAUGAAGUGGUGUCGUUUAUCGUGUUGUUGUGUUGUUGUUAUUUUUUUUCUUUUGAUGAGAACUGUCUUACUUGUAGAAGUCCUCCUGUCAAUGUAUGAAUAUUGUGUCUAUGGCAGUGUUAGGACAGGUUAGCUCUAAAAUGCAUAUACUUAUAUUGCUACUGGAAAAGUGUUGCCGUUUAGUUAGAUGUCCAUUUAGCUCGCCCUAUCUGUUGCAUGGGAGAAAGUGGGAGUCUUGGCAUCAAGUUGCAUGACAUGUCUGAUUUAUGUGUAUUAAUCCUUGUUGAUUCUUGUGCUCCCAAACUGGAGCAUCUCUAGACAGGCAGCUGUCUGUCUUGUGCAAAAGAGGCAUGUGUUAUCCCUUAUUAUAUACAUAUAUACAUACAUACAUAUAUAUAUAUAUAUAUUUAUACACAUGCUCUGAAUAAACUGUUUCUAUUAAGAUAUCCUUUUCUAAACAACUAGUUAAUUGAGCAAAUGCUCUAUUUGGAUUCUAGGUUGGAAACUAGUCUGUAACCACAUUUGGAGUUUUAGUCAUGUAAGGCAAGGGGGAAAGAGACCAUCCCCCCCUUUGUGAAUGGGUGUAAGAGUACUUCUUACCUGGAAACAGCUUCUGCUGUAAGAAGGGAAGAUGGCAAAUAACUAGAGAGAUGGAAUGGAGAUGUAGGCAAGCUUUUCAGGGCUCCGUAAAGGGCCCAGGCAGUGUGCCCAUGCAGGCACAUUUGGGAGGGGGCCUAAUCUCAGUGCCUCCUGGCCUACCCACUUAGCUCACUUUGCAGGUUUGCCGGCUGGCUAACCUGCUCAAUCAGCCGCCUGGAGCUCUUGGUCUCCUUGAGUCUGGCUAGGAGACAUGUGGAGGGGCUCUUUGGAGCAGCCUGACAAGCUUAGACAGCUAACCUGCUCAAUCACCCUGGAGCUGCUCUGCAUCUGCAAGACUUUUGAAAUCAACCAGUGGAUGCAUAAGCCUGCUUUUGUUUCUACCUGGAUUUAGAUGGGUUGAGGGAAGUGGCCCACUUCCUCUCCCCACAAAACAGGAAUUUGAAGGCCGAAGCUAUCUGCCCUCUAUUAGGCUGUUGCUGCCUCUCAGUCAGUAAGUGCUAGUACUGAGAGUAGCUUGAGUGUAAAGGUUUGAGUAAGCCAGGUAUUCUUCUGGCUCAGUGCAAGUCUUGUAAUACAGAAUCCCCAGGCCCAGUGCUUCAAAAAGAAGGCCUCCUUUGGAAGACCCUUCCAAAGGUGACAGUACUGAAGCUUGGCUACUGUCUUUCUCACCAAGGUUUCCAAAACUCUGACCAACACACUGUGGGCACACACACUCACAUACGAUAGUCUACAACAACAUGCUCAUCAUCUGCUUUCAUCAUCACCAUAGUGAACCACUUCAUGUGCAUGGUACUGUCUUAAGCACUGUACAAAAUAGUUAAAAAAAAAAAAGAACAAACAACAAAAAACCC